UCCAAAACUGAGGCAUCAAGCAAUCUGUCAUUUUCAUUUGUGUUUUGUGUUCUCGAGAAAUAAAUAACCUUUUUCAAGUUUUUUCACUAAUUUCUCAUCGUUGUCGUCGAUUCGUCGAGCGGUAAAUAAGCUGCUACUUUCGUUGUUUAAAUAGGAAGGUGAAGUAAAGAUGAUCACCGACGUGCAGCUGGCAGUGUUCGCCAACAUCCUCGGGGUGUCCAUUUUCCUGCUCGUGAUUUUGUAUCACUACAUCAAUGCUAACAGCUCCAAAUGAACCGGUCACAAAACUCGUCUCUCUUUACUUCCAACAUUCUAAUAAUUUUAUCUUAAGAAUUUCAUUUAUUAUGUAAAUAAAAAUAUGAUAUAAGAUAAAAAA